GUAGUUUUUUCGAACAUUUUUUAAUAACAGGCUGUUAAAAUAAGUGAUAUAUACAGUUACAUAACAUAAAUAUAACACUAAAUGAUUAAAUCAAUAAGUCACAUCAAGGUUUAUUUUCAAACGAAGCUGGCGUAAGGUCAAGAAUCAACCGGCGACAAGUGGAGAGAGUCAGCGUCCUCGCUAAGUGCAGUGUGGCUGAUGGCUGGCCGGCUGCUCAAGCUGUCCUCUUUGGCCACGGCGGUCUUUGCCUCUUCUGGACUUUACAUCUACAACACACAACUGGAUCUCAAUGACCUGAGUUUGAUUCGCUUCGGACGAGCUGCUGCUGUUACGACUGUCAUCAGCUAUGACUACCUCACUGCUUUCAGACACAUGGAAUAUGGCACAGAGGAGUAUUGGGCCCUCAAGUCCAAGGUACAUCGGCGUUCAGCAGAGCGUCUUCGAGAUCUGUGCUGUGCCAACCGGGGAACCUUCAUCAAGGUCGGCCAGCAUCUGGGCGCUCUGGACUACCUCCUUCCAGAGGAGUACACCGCCACGCUCAAGAUCCUCCACAGCCAGGCUCCUCAGAGCAGCAAGGAAGAGAUCCAGCAGGUCAUCCGAGAGGACCUCGGCAAGGAGCUGUCAGAGUUAUUUGUUUGCUUUGAUGAGAAGCCUCAGGGAGCGGCCUCCCUAGCCCAGGUCCAUAAAGCAGUACUGCAUGAUGGGAGGACCGUGGCUGUAAAGGUCCAACACCCCAAAGUCCAAAGACAAAGCUCCAAAGAUAUAUUGGUGAUGGAGGUGUUGCUCAGAGCUGUCCACUGGCUCUUUCCAGAUUUUGCCUUCAUGUGGUUGGUGGAAGAAGCCAAGAAAAACAUGCCUCUGGAGCUGGACUUCCUUAACGAAGGACACAAUUCAGAGAUUGUGUCAAACAUGCUGGCCCACUUCCCCUUUCUGAAGGUUCCUGUGAUCCACUGGGACUUGUCCACCAAGAGGAUUCUCACCAUGGAGUUUGCUGAGGGAGGUCAGGUCAACGACAGAGAGUACAUGAAAGCACAUGGCAUCGACGUCAACGAGAUUUCAGAAAAUCUGGGGAAAAUAUACAGUGAAAUGGUCUUCCUCCAGGGCUUUGUCCACUGUGACCCCCACCCUGGAAACGUGCUGGUCCGAAAAUGCCCCAAAACGAAGAAGACGGAGAUUGUUCUUCUCGACCACGGCCUUUAUCAGGUGCUACAGCCAGACUUCCGGAUGAACUACUGUCGCCUAUGGCAGGCUCUUAUUCGUCGAGACAUGACUGGUGUGGAGCGUUACAGUCGCAAACUGGGAGCUGGAGAUCUCUAUCCUCUGUUUGCUUGUAUCCUCACUGCCCGUUCCUGGACCGCCGUCAAUUCCGGCAUCAGCUCUGUGCCCGUCACAUCGUCUGAGGAUGUUGAGAUUCGGACCAACGCCGCCUUGUACCUGCCUCAGAUCAGCCACCUGCUGAACCGACUUCCUCGACAGAUGUUGCUGCUGUUGAAGACCAACGACCUGCUGAGGGGGAUAGAGACCACCUUGCACACCCGAGCAUCCUCGUCCUCUUUCAUCAACAUGUCACGCUGCUGCAUACGAGCCCUGGCCAGACACAAGAGGAGUAAGACUCAGUCCCGGAGGAAACGUCUGCAGAUCACCUUGACGGAGUCCUUCAACCUCUGGCGACUCAGCGUCUACCAAUUGUUCCUGUGGUUGAAGAGCUCAGUGUUGGGACGAGGCCUCUGGACUCUGCAUGGACUCCUACACUGAGACACGUGAGUGCCGGGCCAUGAAGGAGGAUUCUAGUUCCCAGAACAUAUGCCUUUAUUGACCUGGAUCUUUCAAUAAACGUCGUAUUCUACCACUAUAGAGCGCACCGUAUAUAAGCAACACCCAUGGGGACGGCGUGGCGCAGUUGGGAGAGUGGCCGUGCCAGCAACCUGAGGGUUCCUGGUUCGAUGCCCAGCUUCUACCAACCUAGUCACGUCCGUUGUGUCCUCACCCUUGCUCCUGAUGGGUGGUGGUUAGGGCCUUGCAUGACAGCCAUCAGUGUGUGAAUGUGGAAAUAUUGUCAAAGCGCUUUGAGUACCUUGAAGGUAGAAAAGUAUAACCCAUUUACCCCCUAAAUUGUACGAAACAAAUAUAUUUUCCAUAUAUUAGCCAAGUAGCAGAUAUAUACGUUGCAAAAUGACUUUUUUAAAUGUUUAUUUACAUAUCUUAAUUGUUUCCAAACGGUGUCUGUGACAGGGCAGUAAAACAGCUGAUCAAACAAAACAGAAGUCAUGGUCAUGGACCCUCUAGCUGCACGAGCUAGCUCUCCAAUCAGCUAAACCGACUCAAUAACUCCACGGUGACGUCUUGGUGAAUUUACCGAGGACUUAUAUAAUGCCGUUGUAAGUUAAUAAUGCUAACACAGACACUUGUACAUGUGUUAGCAUAUUAGCCAAUGCUAACGACGCUAGCGUCAUCACAUUACGGCAGCACGUACAAAUAUGCACGACUACAGACGUCACUCAUGGGGCGCUUUAAUUGUUUUAGUUAUAUUGUAAAGCUUACCAACGCCGCUUGAAACGAUGAAGAAAGAUCCACACGGUUUGAAGAGGAGCGGCCCUUCUACUUCAGGUGGAAAGCACUAAAUAGAAGGACACUGCAGCAAACUCCAACAAAAUAACAAAACACAUUUUCAGUGUACUUGUUGCAUUGAAAGAAAAAUCCAUAAAGUAGCCGCAGGGUUCAAAGUGUAGGAAAAAAGUUGUGGUUCGGUCCUACAUGUGUGUGCCAGCAUGUACAAACCCCGUUUCCAUAUGAGUUGGGAAAUUGUGUUAGAUGUAAAUAUAAACGGAAUACAAUGAUUUGCAAAUUCUUUUCAAGCCAUAUUCAGU